AUGCCGAAGAAAAGACACCAAACACACUAUUCGAAACCGCCAUCGACCCCUCCUCCUUCCCUGGCUAGUUCGAGGAUCCGAAGUGCAGAUAGUGAUGCACAAACCAAAGGUGUCAACGAGCUGCUUGCCGACCUCCGAAGGGUUGGCGUGAGCAACAAUGGCGCCAGCCCGAGUACCCAGAUAACGCCCAUCGAUGCAGUUCUCAAUCCCAUACCCAGUGUACCACCCGCUUUGCGUCAAGUCCUCCGUAUCCCAGAAUCCCCUGCGCCACAGCAACGUUCGCGUCGCUUGGUCGAUGCCCAGGGCCGCCGUCUGCCCCCAGGUCCCCCGGCACCUCGAUCUUGGCUAGCCCAAUCUCGCCAUGCCCCGACAGCCCUGAAGGGCAAGGAUCAUAUCGGCUCUUGCGCUGUCCGUGGCAGCGAUUUUUUCAUACACCCGCUACCAGGUGUCAAUGUUCCGGAGAGGGGCAGCUUGUUAGACCUCGCUCUGUCGACCAUGGUUGCGGACUGGGAGUACCAAAGGCACUACAACCAAUAUUGGCUAUACACGCUGCCGGACCACCUGAGGCUGGCACUCAUAUGUUAUCUGGGCAGUUACAGACCGAACGGCGCAUCCCCAGGUGACCUGAAGAGGUUACUGUUGCCGCCCCCAGAUCUUGACCCUGAAGACGAAUCGCCCAAGAUGGGACACACUCCGAACGAGGGGAUUCACACAUUUGAUAUGGUUGAUGGAUUUGGGAAGGCGACUGAUUUGAAGGAGCUUUCCGAUAUACUGUUUCCUCGCCGUCCCGCUGAGGUGACUCAUUUUGCUCUGCAAGAAUCUUGGGAUGCACCAGCAGACACCUGGAGUGCCCCAAUGCUGGUUGCAGAUGUCCGUCCCUCACUUCUUCCGAGCCUUACACGUGUCUCCUUGGCGGUAAAUCCGUCAAUCGCACACAAGAUGUCAUGGAAACACCUGCUUUCCUUCUCGUCACAUUUGGCUACCGUCACACAUCUCAGCUUGGCAUACUGGCCAAGGCCCACUCUGACGCCAAAUGCCGUUGCAUCUGUGAUUGACUCGCCUAGCGGGUCGAUUCAGUAUGGGGGUACCGGCUUCUACAGCCACUCACUUGAUGAUGACUGGACCGAGGCCAUUUUGUUGCUCAGACGCCUGAGCAAGAACCUCUACGGACUAGAGUAUUUGGACGUAACAGGUUGCGCUUCGUGGACUGAGGCGCUGAUCCGGAGCGUCGAUCACGAUUCGGUCGAUUGGCAGGGCGCUUGGGGUAAAAUUACCGAGUUGUUGAUGUACUGGGGCUACCGGACCCCCAAAGCUGACGAAGAGCAAAAAUACUCGGAAUUCUUGGGGCACAUCGCACUUGCUACUCGGGUCGAGCGCCAUAUAAUAGGCAAAAGAUCUGGACGCGGACGGUUUGUCGAAGUUCUCAGGGAUGCUGUUCCGGAUGAAUAG